AUGAAAUACAACCCCCCAAAAGUAGAAGAGUACCCGGAAACCGACGAAAGCACCGCCGCUCUGAAGCGCAAACGCAACUCCCGCGACCUCCAGUACAUCUCCGCCACACAAAAGCCAGCACCGAAGAACGAAGCCCAGGACCAGGACCAAAACCCAGUAGAAGACGAGGACCAGCCGCCCGCCAAAUCAGCCAAGGCGUCCGCGGCCGCCGACGAGGACGACUUCGACGAAGAGGACGAGACGGGCGAAUUUGAUGAGAGGGAUGCAAGCGACGACGGAGAGGGAGCGGUCCAAGAGGAGGAGGAAGUCGACGAGGUCGACGAAGACGAAGACGUCGAGCCCGACGAGCAAGAGAACGACGCAGCGGCAUUGGACGAGGAAGAAGGAGCGGACAAAAAGCACCAGCACCAGCACCAGCACCCCGAGGUACAGAAAGCCAUCGAUCAGCUGGGCCGAGCACCGCUGGACGGCACGUCCAUAGGCAAGGAGCCUCUCACGGCGUCGGCGGACACGGUGCUUGCGAUGGUCAUCGACGCGAUGCUGAAGUCGCGGCCGAUUUCACAUGACUUGUCGCAGCGGGCCAUCAGCAAGGUCAUUGAGGUUGGGUAUCACGAUAUCCACAAGCUGGGGGAGAGUAGCUGGGAAGAGAGAACGGCAGUGCUGAGGGAUGGGGGAUAUAAUCGGUAUCGGGAGCAGGGGGCGACGAAUCUCGGGGAUCUGGCGCAUUUUGUGGAUGAGAAAUAUGAUGGGGACUUGAACAAUCUCUGGGAAAAGGCGCAUCAUGACCGAGCUAGAACACGCGAGCUGAUCAAAGAGAUCAAAGGACUCGGGGACCUCGGCGUCGAGCUCUUCUUCAACAAUGUUCAGAGCGUCUGGCCUUCCAUUGCCCCGUUCGUCGACACACGAAGCCUGAAAACGGCCGAUCAGGUGGGACUGGGCACCGAUUUGGAUGCCAUCUACUCGGAGCUGGAACAGGACUCGAUGAAGAUGAGCCGCUUAGCGAACGGAUUCCGGAUCAUCAACAUCGCCGUCGGCGUGAUCAUGGUCUUGGGCGGUAUUGCCCAAUUCUUCCCUCCGUCCUUGGGCUCCAUCAUCGUGGGAGCAUAUGUGAUCAUCUUCGGACUCCUGAUCGGUGGGCUGGAAUUCCUGCCCAACGUCCCCGACUAUGUCUACCGCUAUGCCUCCUUCCUGUUCUCGUUCCUUGGCCGAGGUGUUUUCUACAUCUUCGUCGGUUCGAUUCUCCUGCACGACCACGUGUUGCGCUACAUUGCCGGUUCCAUCGUCGGAUUCAUCGGCGUCGGCUACCUCGCUCUGGAAUUCGUCCCCUCCAUCGAGCCCCCUUCGAACAUGCGCGAGACCGACCAGGCCUGGGGCGCCGAACAGAUCUAA